UCCCCAUCUCCUCUUAUCUCCAAGAACCCCUCUGUGUUUUCAGACACAAAUGGCAGCUGCUACCGCCACUUGGUCCAGUGCUCUAAUGAACACCUUGCAACUCUCUUCCCUCCGAAAGCUCUCAAGACCCAACUGGGUUUGUCUCCCAACAACUCCAUCUCAUGGAUGCUGCCGUUUAAAGACAACUCUCACUCGUGUCUCCUCCUCCUCCUCCCAAAGCUUCCCCACCGUCCCUAUCUCCCUCAAAAACUACGAGUUUCUUGAUGGUUCUACCGAGGUGGAAUUGAGAUUGCAGCUGGGAGGACGAAACAUCACGAACUCCAGAGACAUCUUUGUGGAUGCAAAUGGCUCCUCUUUAACAAUAAAAGUACAGAACUCUGGGUCCUUUGUCACACUUAUGGAAACUAAUCGACUGUUUGGUAAAAUAAAGCCUGCUGAAACAAUAUGGUACAUAGAUGAAGAUCAGUUAGUAAUAAACUUGAAGAAGCAGGAUCCAGAUUUAAAAUGGCCUGAUAUUGUUGAGUCCUGGGAGUCUUUAACUGUGGGAUCUAUGCAACUUUUGAAAGGAACAUCAGUUUACAUUGUUGGUGAUUCAACUGAAAUAAACCUGAAAGUGGCUCAAGAACUUGCAGUUGGUCUGGGAUAUACACCACUAUCUACAAAGGAGUUGCUGGAAGCAUUUGCCAAGCAGAGUAUUGAUUCAUUGCUGCUUGCUGAAGAUUCUGAAUCUGUAGUGGAAGCAGAAAGUGCUAUAUUACAAAGCUUAAGUAGUCAUGCUAGGGCAGUAAUUGCGACAUUAGGGGGCCAGCAUGGAGCUGCUGGAAGAGCACAUAAAUGGCGAUAUCUUUAUGCGGGAUUUACCAUCUGGUUGUCACAGACUGAUGCAACAGAUGAAGAUUCUGCAAAGGAAGAGGCCAGAAGUCAUAUCAAAGAUGGUAGAGUAGCUUACUCUAAUGCAGACGUUGUUGUCAAGCUUCAGGGUUGGGAUCCAGAUCAUGUCAAAACUGUGGCGCAAGCCUGCUUGAGUGCUCUUAAACAAUUAGUUCUGUCAGACAAGAAGCUUCCAGGUAAGAAGAGCCUCUACAUACGCUUGGGAUGCCGAGGUGACUGGCCAAAUAUCAAGCCUCCUGGGUGGGAUCCCUCAGCCGGAGAUGAUGCAUCUCCAGGUGGAAGUCGAUAAUUACAACACUGCUGUUACAUCAGAGAUUUUGAUCCACAUUAGAUGGAAAAUGACAUGUAUUCAAUUUUGUCACAAGAAUGAAUGAUUAAACAUGAAGCAUUCUCAGUUGAUAUAUGCACAAAACAUGAUGCCAAUA